UCGGAAUAAGGUUGAGAUGGUGUUGCCGCCGUCAGCCUAACCGUUAUCCUCUCGGGUCUAGAUUAUCCGCAAGCUUGGAGCCGGAUUCCUCACCCGUCCCUCCACAAUGGCGAAAGGUCUGAGGUAUUUAAGAUUCGAGCCAUUGGUGGGAGGACACCCUUUCGACCAGUCUGAUAGACAUCAAAAACACUGCGACGUAAGCAUUCGUUUUUAUAAGAUAUUGACUGUCCACGCGCUCGCUUUCUAUUUGCCCCCUAUUACGACAGGCUAGGAAAUUAGGAUAUUUCGAAACUCCCACUUCCCAAAAUGCGUCCUACAGAUAUUCUUACUGGCCUCAUCGCCCUCGCAUCUGGUGCUCAUUCCGCAGCCCUUCCCCGAAAUGAUCCAUACGUGGGCGAUCUAAGGACGUUUGGCCAAGUGGACUGCUCGGCCGACAACCAAGGGGUCGGCACUUUCACCCAGUCAAUGACUGGCAUCUGCAACCAAUGGCCCGAAGCGUUCAGUUCCAUAUACGUCCACCUUACAGAUGGAUGGGUCUUCCACGCCUAUACCACCUCUAACUGCUCAGACAAUGGGACCUUCAUCCAGGGGUCUGUACCAAAGGAUGGAUAUCCUGUCGUCUGCAAUAACUCUCCUACUAAAUGGAUUGCUUAUACCGUAGAUCGGCUUGAGCCUCAGUCGCCGUCUGACGGAUCCCCUACUACAUCUACACCAACAUCUACACCUACACCUCCUACACCUCCCCACGGACCGCCACAUGGUUGGCCUCCACAUUUUGGACCACCUUCUGACGGAUCAACUCAGAACAACUCAUCUUGAUACUACGUCGAGUGGUUGCGUAAUCAGUUUAUGAGGACUAUACCGCGUGUUGAUAAAAAGUGUCGCCUGAAUAAAGCCACGGGGAUUGGGCGAGAGAAGUUCGCGAGAGCCAUACUUCUGGCAACGAGGGCCUAUCCUUCUCAUUUAUCACAUUGCUAGGAUUUGUAUACAUGUGCAGAUGUACACAAAACAAUAGUUGGAAAGGAUACUUUCACAUACAUACAAGUACCAUCCCAAAACGUUAAUACUAGAUAAAUUACUCAACAAGAGCUUGUAAUUUCUAGUUACUAAAGUCCUUAAAAUUAUAUUUAUAACCCCAUUCCACCUCCUCACUAAUUGUCGUC